CUUGCCGGUAAAUCAGUAGAAUUUCCAUACAUUAUCUCUGAUCGUGCAUUGACUGCACGGUGUAGCACAAGCCUGUGUUUGUGCAAGUAGCACAUCAACGGAAGUUUAGAGACACUGGCUCUUUGUGGUUUCCGGUAUGCACCCGUCAGAAAGCAUAUCUCCACGAGGAGAGGGUCAUGUUUGAACAGGACAAUCUAUGCUAGCAUGGUGGGCUGGGUCCUUUCGCCCUCGAAGCGGGAGCAUAGAGUCCACGAUCACUACAAGUUAGGGCAGAUUCUGGGAAAAGGAGCCUUUGGCAUCGUUUACCACGCUACAGAUCUCGCUGACAACAGGCAGUAUGCCUGUAAGUCAAUUAAUAAGGCGAAGUUGGUGACAGAGGAGGAUGUUAGAGAUGUCCAGAGAGAAGUGGAAAUACUGAAUCUGGUUUCAGAUCAUCCAAACGUUGCAGAACUGGUCAACACCUUUGAAGACACUCAUUUUGUGCACUUGAUCCUUGAGCUCUGCCAUGGUGGGGAGCUGUUUGAUCGCAUCGUUGAGCAGGGAACCUUCACUGAAAGGGCGGCUGCAGAUUACUUCCGGACGAUGGUGCUCGUCAUUGAUCACAUGCAUCAACUUGGCGUGAUGCACAGGGAUAUCAAGCCGGAGAAUUUUUUGCUUACUGACAAAAGCGACAGAGCCAAACUGAAGCUGUGUGACUUCGGCCUCUCCUCAUACUGGAAACCUGGGGACAGACUGCAGUCCAUUGUGGGGUCCUGCUAUUAUGUUGCUCCGGAGGUGUUGAGGCGCGACUAUGGGGUUGAGGCGGACAUGUGGAGCUUGGGUGUGAUGCUCUACAUUCUGCUGAGCGGGCUGCCUCCGUUCUGGGGAGACAAAGAGGAGGACAUCUUCCGCAUGGUCCUCAAGGCAGACAUAGACUUCCAGACACCGCCCUGGCCCUCAAUCUCACAGGCGGCCAAGGAUUGCGUGCGCCAGCUCCUCAACGUUGCUCCGGACGGCCGCCCCAUAGCCUCCAAGCUGCUGCAGCACGCGUGGCUGAAGGCGCAGGGGGCGUCGCUGGACAAGCCGCUGGACAGCGUGGUGCUGAGCCGCAUCAAGAAGCUGUCGGCCAUGAACAAGCUGAAGAAGGCGGCGCUGGUGGUCAUGGCGCAGUCGCUGAGCGAGGACGAGAUCAACGGCCUGCAGCAGCUCUUCCGCUCCAUUGACGCCGACGGCAACGGCACCAUCACCGUCGACGAGCUGCGCACAGCCCUAUCCUCCCUCAACGGCCGCCUCCAGGAUGAUGACAACCUGGGGGGCAUCAUGGCAGCGGCGGAUCUGGACGGCGACGGCACGCUCAACUAUGAGGAGUUCAUCGCGGCGACCGCAAACCUGAACAAGCUGGAGAAGGAGGCCAACAUCCUGGCCGCCUUUAACAAGUUUGACACCGACCACAGCGGUGCACUGACCAGGGACGAGAUCCGCGAGGCCCUGAACUCCAUGGGCUCCACUGAUGAAGAGAUCGAGAACAUGAUUGACCAGUUUGACACGAAUCACGACGGGGAGAUCGACUACUCGGAGUUCCUGGCAAUGAUGCGCGCCGACAAUGAGGACCUGAAGGCGGCUUCAAACUACCUGCGGAGGCGCUCCAGCGUCUGCAGCUGAUGUGAUCCAAUGAUCAGAGUCAGCUGCAGGCUACUUGUCUCUCUCUUGUGAUGCGUGUGUGCCUGCACAUUGCAGUGCACGUCUGGUAUGCUCAAUCGGAAUUGCUCACACUCGCAAUUGCAGUGAGAAGGGGCGUGUGGUGACCAGAAUUGCCUUGUGGAAGUAGGGCUGCUUGAUUGGAUGGCGUGUAAUCCGCCCAGUUUCACCCUGUUGGGUUCAGAAUACAAAUGGGAUGUUGUGUUGUGUUCUCAUUUAAAAGCUCCAGAAU